CGCCCAGCAGCUCACCACCUUCCGUCACGUCCUCACUCGGCGCGGGCGUCGUCAGGCGAUACUGAUGGAUGUACAUGCAUUUGCGUCCCUAGCUCAGGUCCGAAUUCUCCUCGUCCCCGUCGGCAACAUCACGCCCCAGGCAUUCGAGUCGUACGCGGCCGAGAUCAGAAGCUUUGAACAGAUACGCUUGGGCGACAUCUCCGCCGACAGCAAGGAUGAGCGAGCACGCUUUAUGCCCAAUCCGCUGUCGACCGGCCAUCUUCACCUGAGCUUCCCGACGCACCCACCUCCCUCGUCACAUACGCCCUUGUCCCUCCUCCGCCCCUCCCACUUCCCUCUUGCAGUCAUUGGCAUUGCAACAUGCUCGCGCACGGACACACUCGGCAGCAUACGCGCCAGGUUCAAUGCAGCCCUCCUCGACAUCUUCCCUGCUGGCGACAUGUACCCACUAGCACGAAGUUGCUUCGUCUUCGAGGAGAGCGACACGAACACGAACCUGGAUCAUGGGGACGACAUCUCACUGGUCGUCAUUCCCAGCAUGUUGGGGAACAAGAAGCUCUACAUCGGCACCAAAUUGGCUGAUCUAUGCUCGCAUAUCCUGGGGGAGUUCGGCACGCUGGUGCAAACUCUAGAGAGCCCACAGGGUAACGAGUACCUCAACGCUUCCCUCAUGCCCGUCCUCCCGCCGUUGUCGGAGAUACCUGCUUCCCUCGACAAGGGAAUGCCCGACCUGCCGAUGAGGGACUCCCUUCCUCCAUUACCUACGCAUAACAGCCAGCCAGACGUCUCAAGAUCGUUCACGCUGAGCCCUGCACCCAACAUGAAGCGCACGAGUUCCAUACCCAGCCGACAAUCCACUUUAGGCCUCCCCGCCCAAUCAAAGAAGCGGAGUAGUGGGAUUGGCGUAGCUUCAUCACCUGGGCGACUCUUCAAGGUCUUCGGCGACUUCUUUCUGCUUGCUGGGCGAACAGCAGACGCGGAUAUCUGGUACAAUGAGGCUUUGCAAGUCUUUAAAACGUCACCGGAUCCACCAUGGCAAGCUUCAGCUCUAGAGGGUUUGGCGACAAUUGCAGUCGUCGACGCAUGGUCUGCCGGACAGGGCCUUCAAACCUCCAUGCACACGACCUCCACGAAGGUGCCUUGGGCCGACACCGCCGACAAACUCUCCCAAGCCAUCGCCCUGUACAACAAACCUCUCACUUUCGACGCCGACGAAUACCUCCCCCUCCUUUCCUACCUCUACACCCGCGCCGUCCUCCGCCACACCUCCCUCCUCUUCUCCCUCUGGUCCGCCAAGGGCUGGGGCCCGCUUGCCUUCAGCGCGAUGCUACACCCCGGGCCCGCGCCUUACAUUCCCCCAACCCUCGCACAUGCGGACGCGGCGUCCGUGCAGCACCUCGAGCGGCUGAGCUUGCUAUCGGGCAUCUCCCGUGCUACUAUCUCCUCGACCCUCGCGCAAGUGCACGGCCCGUGGCUGUUGCACCUCGGCGCGCGCGAGCGCAUCGCGGUGCUUGAGACGACGGCAAGCAUAUACGGCUCGAUCGGCUACAAGCGCAAGCAGGCGUACAUCCUACGCGAGGUCCUCGGCUGCAUCCUUGACCUGCUCGUCUGCGGGCGCGAAGAAGAUGCCGCUCCCGCGAUGAACGGUCUGCACUCCGCACUCCCCUCCAUCGACAACAACGGCGACGGCGCGGGGUUCCGGAAGUCGAGCCGCGGCGACGUAGGCGUGCGCCAGAGCGAGAGCGCGGAGGGGAAUGCGGGAAUCUUGCGCGUGCUGAAGCAUGUGUGCAGGGUUUUUGGGAUUGAUCUGGAGGCGGUGAAGAUACUGGAGGGCGCGGAUCCAAGGGCGUCGCAGGUGCCGCAGAAGGGGGCGGCGCCGACAAUUGGGGAAAUCGACCAGGAUGCGCUGUCGUCGUAUCAGGAGCCGUAUGGGUGGCCGGAGCUGCAAGUGGGCGUGCUGAGGGAAGCAGUGGCGGUGGCGAAGGCCUUGCCAGAUUAUCCUGCCGUGGCGCAGUUCUCAUUGUCCUGCCUGAAGACGCUACAGAAUAUCUUGGACCCAGGCGACCAGUAUUAUCUCUACAAUACCAGCGCAAGCGCACUCGUCACCGCGCAGCGAAGAGGAGAGCACAAAGUCGUGGAAUACUGGUCUGGUCGACCAGCGCUCAGCAUCACUCCCGUACAACUACCGCUCAUGAAGAUGCCUUUAGAGAAGCCGAUCUCAGCUCUGCAAUUGCGAGCAUCGGAUGUUGCACCUAUCCUUACCGGCGCGACCGACCCCUUCUUGUACAACCCGAGGCGGGCGACGGCGCAAGGCAGAACAUUGAUCGUGCAACAUGAAGCGGUCGAGUUCAUCUUGAUAUUGCAUAAUCCUUUCGUCUUUGACUUGGAAUUACAAUCCGUCUCCCUCAGCACAUCCGGCGUCCCCUUCAUCUCCCAAUCUUCUCGCGCAGUCAUCCCCGCCAGCUCCUACCACCGCCUCGUCCUCUCCGGCAAAGCCGCCGAGCCCGGCAUGCUCACCGUCCGCGGCUGCAUCGUCCAAGCACCGGGUGGGGCGCCCUGCGAGUUCGUCAUCCCCGUACCCUCCGAGGAAUCAGAGGAGCGCAUAUCGCGGAAGAAGAGCGCGCUGACCUGCGAGAGCGGACGAGCGAAGCAUCCGGGGCUGGGCAGCCAGCCGUGGGCGCGACCGCCGAUACGAACGCGAGCGGAAACGAAGAGCGCGCGGAAUAGCUCACCUGUGCAGUUGUUGGAGUUUAAGGUGGUGCCAGAGUUGCCGUUGAUGAGGAUACGAAGAACGUCGGUUAUGCAUGGGGCGUUGAUGCUUUACGAGGGCGAGAGAUCCGUCAUCCGCCUAACAUUAGAAAACGUCUCCCACCUCCCCGUCGACUUCAUCCGCCUCGCCUUCGACGACUCGACCAUCGCACCCGCCCAGCAAGCCCUCUCCGAAGGCGAGCUCUCCGUCUUCGACACCUACGAGACCGAGUACGACCUCCUCCACCGCCCACUCUUCUCCUGGAACAAAGACGACGCGCAAAACGUCGCGCCCGGGCAGAAGACCACGCUCAACAUCAUCUCCUACGGCAAAGUCGGCUGCACGGAAGGGACCAUACAUAUCUCGUAUGCGUAUGUGUUUCGGGAAAAGAAGGAUGGAGUCAGUGAAGGAGAGGACGGGGACGGGGAGGACGCGGAGGGACACGUGCCCACACCGGACGUCUUCCACACGCGGCAACUGUCGUAUCCGGUGCUGGUGACCGUGUACCAGAUGCUGCAGGUGUCGGCGAUGGACGUGCUGCCGUUUCCGGCGUAUGUGCCACCUCCCGGUGCAUCCGGGAGACAAGCGCGGGCGAAUGUGGCCAUCGACAAUGAGAGCGGCGAUGGGUGGUGCUUGUUCUCGGUCGAGGUACGGAAUUCGUACGGGCAGCCGUUCGAGGUGUACUUUGAUCGGGUGCAGGAGGGUGCGCCGACUGCGACAUCGUCGGUGACGAUCUCCCCAGGGUCAACAUCGAGGAUCGUACUUCCUAUAAAGCGGCUACUGCUCCCGGCCGACCUGCUCUCACAGCCGAUACCCACGCUGUCGGAUCGUCAAUUCGUCGUCAGCAAGGAGAAACUCCCCGCAGAGCAAGACCGAUUGCAACGCGAGUUGUUUUGGUAUCGGGAAGAGCUCUUCAAGUGCAUAUGCGGCCGAUGGCGAGAGUCUGGCGGUACGCGCGAUGGCGAGCUAUCGUUAAGGCAGCAACGACUGACGAUGUCUGCGCUGGACGUACUGCGGCUGGAGGAGACGGAUAUCGACUUGUCCCUCUACACGCACGACGACGAUGGCGAGGAGCAUGCCGUGCCAAAACGAGCAGGGAUCUUCUACCCGCCCGCGAACGAGUUCGUGAACUUGCGAUGCAGAGUGCGGAAUCUGACUGGCAAGCCAAUCUCGUGCACACUCGACUUGGGAUUGCCACCAACCGAGGACUUCAUCCACGAUGGGGUGACCAAUGGCAUCCCAAUCGGCGAACUAGCACCAGGAGAGGAUGGGGAGGUCGACGUCGGGGUGUGCUUCUUGGCCCACGGACGAUUCGAGAUCACUGCGCAGGCGAAGGUCUUCGCAGGGGACGAUAACCGUCCAAGUAUGAAGCGGUUGACGGCUCUGGUAAAAGGGAGUUGAUUUUGUUGUGUCCUGACCAUUAUGACUUUGAGCAGCAAUGCAUGUUUUGGCUCGAGUGACGCGAUAUGCUCCGCGAGCGCGAUGUUGCAGAGACGCUGUUCUGUAUAUACCUAUGUAGUGACGCCGGCGGUACAUUAUCGAGAUACUUGUACAGUUGUCCACAGUGCAACGGCGCCUAGUCUUGGGCAUUUCGGCGUACCACUAACUUUGUCGCGGCGUGCAGGGGAAGGCGAUAUAGCGAGGUAUGAGCCUCGUCAAUCACGUUAGUCGAACUCCGAAUCCUCCUGCUUAAAUGCUGCUGAGUACGCGAGGAUCGUUCCGUAUACAAGUCUGCGGGAAGAGCGGUUAGCGGGGAUGCCGGGUAGAGAUAGGGCAGGUAACGCACCCUCCGCCGAUGAUCGACAUGACACAGGCUGCUGGGUAGAUGACCUCUGAGUGGGUG